AUGAACGUCGCCGAGCCCUACAUCUGCAUCCCGGGAGUGCCCAACUUCCGUGACAUCGGCGGCUACCCCAUCACCUCGGACAAGAACAAGCAAGUCCGGCGAAACGUCGUCUUCCGCUCCGCUCUUCCGCGCCACAUUCUGGACGACGGAUCAGAGAGAGCAAAGAAUAAGCUGCAGACGCUCGGUAUCAAUCAAGUGUUUGAUUUGCGCUCAGAAAACGAAUUCCUCGAGGUGCGAGCUUAUGAUUGGAGAAAAUGGCUCUGGUCGGAAAUGCAUCGAGUAUCGGCGCCCGUAUUCCGGCCUGAAGAAUAUAAUGCUGAUCUUUUGGCUGAUCAAUAUAUGGAGAGUGGCUGUGGUCCUGAGGGAUUCGCUCAAACAUUUACCAAAAUUCUUGAGUCAGCAAGCCAUCCCGAGAACAAAGCUCGGCCAUUUGCACAGAUUCUCGAGCUUCUGUCUCAGCCGCCCACGCAGCCCAUGCUUAUACACUGCGAUCUGGGCAUGGACAGAACAGCAGUAAUCUGCGCCUUGGUCUUAUCGCUCUGCGGCGUCAGCGAUGAGGAUGUGGCCAAGGAUUAUCAUCAAUCGGAGAUGGAACUUGCUGCCCAUCUAGAGAAGCUUGCCGCGGAGUUCAGGUCACACUCCGUGUUUAAAUACGUCAGAGGCACUGCGGACGAUGCAAAGACUUUGUUUUCAUUACGGGAGGAUAACAUGCUACGCUUUCUAGAGUCUCUCAGAAAGAAGCAUGGCUCGAUUGCACAAUGUAUCAAGGAUCACAAGUUGCUCGACGAUGAGGGCAUAUCGAGACUGAAGAAUAACAUGAUUGUCGAUGCCGCCACUAAUCAAUCUACUGCUAUCAUCGGCACCAGACAGCCAGAUAAAACCUACACCGAUCGCAAAUCCACUCGUAUCGUGGCUCUCAGAUCUUCAGGAGAAGUUGCCAUAAUUCACGUCAAAGUAGGAGACUACUACAAACUGCCAGGCGGCGGUAUCGAGGCGAACGAGAGCCACUCCGACGCUGCUCUGCGCGAGGUCAAAGAAGAAACUGGAGCAGUGGUAGCUUUGCACGGCGAUUAUUUUGCUACGACGGAAGAGUUUCGCUUCCAUCUUCAUCAGAUGUCUUAUUGUUAUUUGGCCGAUGUGCUCGAUGACGCUGGGGAGCCGUGUUUGACGGACGAGGAGCUUGCUGAUGGGUUUACUUGUCAUUGGAUGGAUACAUACAAGGCCAUGGAGAUGAUGGUUGCAGCGGCACCAACCACAGAAUUUGGCUGUUUCAUCAAAGAGCGGGAUACGUAUGUCCUCGCCGUGGCUGCUAAGAUCAUUGAAGCAAGACAGGGCUAA